GCCAAAUCGUGGCUAAUUGUAGGCAGUCAGUUGUAUUUGAUGGCCGACCAGGCCAGACCGUAAUUCCCUCGGAGGAGAAAAUAUUAAAUACUAUACAUUUGAUAAACAAAUUUUCAAAAGUUAAAACUAAGUGGAUUACCAGCGACAGCUGAUUCAAGAAAUGCCAAAUGCAAUAAUUUCUGGGAAUCGACGAACUUGGAACAUAGAGAUUCAGAUUUAAUAAACGUUUUUCAGAAAUUCUCUGGCUGAAAUUACGCAGGAAUAAUAAAGAAUCUGGAAAUUCAAAUAUACAUAUAACCAGAGCAUUUCCGUGGCGCAUUCGGACUAUCGACGAUAAGCCCCUUUUCUUGAUAAGCUUUAUCAUCUUGGACGGAGCCAAUUCGAUAAUCGUAGACGGCAGAGCAUAAGUCGAUUUUCAAAGUGGAUCAUGGCAGCCCAAAGUAAGCUGGCCGAGAUGGCCUUGAAUUGCACCUGCUAUGAGUACCAUCAUCCGUGGACCUCGAGCUGUGCCUGUGCUGCUGCGGGCAUGAUGAUCUCCCAGAUGCCCCCCGCUCUGCGUACCUACGUCACUGUUUAUGGGUUGGCCCUGAUUAUGCGGAGACGCAUCCCCUCGCUGAAGGACCUCGGACGCACUGCAGCUGGAAUCCUGCAGUCGAGCGCAUUCCUUUCCAUGAAUGGAGGUCUCUUCGUGUUUGCUGUGUGCUUGCUGCGCCAGCUUUUCGGUGGUUUCUACCUCUGGACAGUGGCUUGGUUGCCCUCCUUCCUGGCCAGCUUCGCCUGCAUCGCCUUCGAGCGUCCUGAGCGCCGUGCUCCACUGGCCAUGUACGUGGCCAAUGAGGGCAUCGAAGCUUUGUGGAAUAUGCUGGAGGCCCGAGGACUGGUGCGAUCCAUUCCCAACGCACAGGUGCUCAUCAUGGGCCUCAGUGUCACCGCCCUGAUGUACCUAUAUCGCGUGGGGCUUCAUAAGACCGUGGCCAAGGAUGCGACCUUCAAGGCCUUGGGCCUGAUCGUGGGCAAAGAGGAGGAGGGUCCGCUGAAGACUCCCGUGGUGGCCACUUCGCAAAGCUCUCGACAGGCUCCCCUCAACAUCCGCUGCAUUUCAUCGUAUCUGCAGCUCUACGACCGUGUGCUCAAGGCCAAGCAUCCUAGUUGUCCGCACAAGCGAGGUUGUGCUCCCUACGCCCUCCUGGGUGGCCUGAAACCUUUUCUAGGGGGCGUGGGUCUAUCGGUGGGUCUCAAGCUGCUGCUCAACAUCACCAAGAUCUUCCAGUUGAAGAUGCAGUGGCGCAAGCAGAUCUUCAACCAGGGCUCCCUGCAGUUGGGACUUGCCUUAGGCAUCUUCUCACUGCUUUUCAAGACAACUUCAUGCAGCCUGCGUCACUCUUUUGGCUACGACAAUGCUCUCUUCGCCAUUCCGGCUGGCUUGAUCGGCUCUAUAGGUCUACUGCGUUUCCCCAACACCACAGUGGCCCUGUAUCUGAUGUGGAAGGCGCUACAACUCUUCUAUAACUGGGGCAGUGCUGAGGGAAAAUUGCCCGAAGUACCCAAUUUCGCCAUGAUUAUGUAUGCUUUCUUCACGGCCGUGCUCUUCCACGCGGCCAUUCUUGAAGCUCGUGCUUUGCGGCCCAGUUACUACAAGUUCCUGAUGAAAAUCUCGGGCAAUCGCAUCAGCCGCUUCUAUGUGAAACCCUUCGAGGCCUACGGACUGAAGAGCCAGGACCAGAUCAACUAUGUGAUCAAGAAACUGCGCAUCGAUAUGACCUCACCCUUCCCUUUCUACGCCCUGACUGUCUAGGUUGUUGUUCAACCCAAAUACUGUAGAAUAAAAGUAAAAAACCAAAAGCAAUAAAUGUGUAACACAA